AUGAAGUUGAAGAAAUUGCAGUCAAUGAAAGAUGAGGACCAUUUUUAUCAUCAGGGUGCUGUGGAGCUAUUGGUCUUUAAUUUUUUGCUCAUCCUCACGAUCCUUACAAUUUGGCUGUUUAAAAAUCACAGAUUCCGCUUUUUGCACGAAACAGGAGGGGCCAUGGUUUACGGUCUCAUCAUGGGAUUAAUUUUACGGUAUGCCACAGCUCCAUCUGACUUUGAAAUUGGAAAUGUCUAUAGCUGUGAUAAACUCAAGCCUGGCUUACCCACCCUGCUUGUCAACAUCACAAAUCAAGUGUAUGAAUAUCAGUACAGAAGGGAAAUUAGCCAACUUAAUGUCAAUGCACACCAAGGGAACGCAAUGCUGCAAAAGAUGACCUUUGAUCCUUCCAUCUUCUUCAAUGUUCUAUUACCUCCCAUUAUUUUUCAUGCAGGAUACAGUUUAAAAAAGAGACACUUUUUUCGCAAUUUAGGAUCCAUUUUAGCAUAUGCUUUUUUAGGAACAGCUGUCUCUUGUAUUGUAAUAGGGUUGAUAAUGUAUGGCUUUGUAAAGGCUCUGGUGCAUGUCAAUCAGCUGAACUCUGGUGAUUUUCACUUUACUGACUGUUUAUUAUUCGGUUCUUUCAUGUCUGCUACAGAUCCAGUGACAGUCCUAGCUAUUUUUCAUGAGCUUCAUGUUGAUACAGAUCUUUAUACUCUCCUUUUUGGAGAAAGUGUCCUUAAUGAUGCUGUGGCUAUAGUUCUCACAUAUUCAAUAUCAAUUUACAGUCCCAAGGAGAAUCCCAACACCUUUGAUGCUGCUGCCUUCUUCCAAUCAGUGGGGAAUUUUUUAGGGAUCUUUGCUGGAUCUUUUUCUAUGGGCUCCGCUUAUGCAAUUGUCACUGCACUAUUGACAAAGUUUACUAAACUGUGUGAGUUCCCCAUGUUGGAAACUGGCUUGUUUUUCCUUUUAUCAUGGAGUGCCUUCUUGUCUGCUGAAGCUGCUGGCCUUACAGGAAUAGUGGCAGUUCUUUUUUGUGGAGUCACACAGGCCCAUUAUACAUACAACAAUCUGUCAGCAGACUGCAAAAUGAGAACUAAACAGUUGUUCGAGUUCAUGAAUUUUUUGGCUGAGAAUGUAAUCUUUUGCUAUAUGGGACUAGCACUGUUUACAUUCCAAAAUCAUAUUUUCAAUGCUCUAUUUAUAUUUGGGGCAUUUGUAUCCUUUGUUCAA